AUCAACACAAAUACAGCUCCCUCCACCAGCCCAUUUCCCCUCAAUCCCAGGGCAGCAGGUCCCACAUUAAUCCUGAUUCGCCUCUGCAUAUUCCCAAGCCCUGCCGUCCCUCUCAAAUAAAACUAUCACCGCGUACAACUUGCAGUGUGCGGCCGGCAAGUGGCACACACACACACACACAUAUAAACUGAAAGUCCCAGGACUUAACUUUUUUUUAAAUUUGAGAAACCGGUCAAGAAAAACGACAUCUCAAGUGAUCGAUCCACUGUCCGGAAGGAGAUGGAUCUCCACACGGGGAUGCAGAAGAUGUCCAUUCUCUAUCAAACAGGAAAAGGGGUUUCCUGUUUGGGAUGCAGAGGAAUGUGCAAAUCAUUUGAGCCACAUCCUUGGAGGAAGAUAUGCAAGUCAUGCAAAUGCAACCAAGAGGAUCACAACUUGCACUCUGAUGCUGAAGAUGAUCGGAAAAUCGGCCGCCUUUUGGCUGACUCUAACUAUUCUAAUCUGACUGCGCGAGUGAAGGGAGGAGAUGGAGUCCGCAUUUAUAAGAGGAACCGAAUGAUUAUUACCAAUCCCAAUGUAACAAAGAAAGAUCCAACUUUUGACACAGUCACCUAUGAGUGGGCCCCACCAGGGCUGACCCAGAAACUGGCUAUUCAUUAUAUGGAACUUAUUCCAAAGGAAAUGCAACCAAUUGCUGGCACUGAAGGGGCCUACUAUCGCCGUAAGCAACUAAUGAGGCAGCUGCCAGUCUAUGACCAGGAUCCCUUCCAAUGCCAUGCUUUGUCAGAGAGUGAGGUGAAAACCAUGGAAGAAUUUGUCAGGAAGUACAAGAGCGAGUCGCUGGGAGUUGGAGAAGUGGCACUGCCAGGCCAGGUGGGUAGUGCCAAAGAAAAAGCUAACCAGAAGCAGAAAAUCGAAGCCACGGGGCAAUUUGGCAAUGGCAAGAUAGCAAAGGGAGAGCCUCAGCAUGGUCCUGCUUCAACCAAUGGAACGCCGACAAAGACCCAAGAGAAAAAUGAAUAUCAUUGUGAGCUUUGCAAGCAGCCAGUUAGCAACGAGAACCCCGUGGUGUAUGGGGAGCGAGCAGGGUAUGACAGGCUCUGGCACCCAGCGUGCUUUUUGUGUAGCUGGUGCAGAGAACCUCUGGUGGAUCUCAUCUACUUUUGGAAGAGUGGGAAGCUCCUGUGCGGUCGCCAUUUCUGUGAGAGUGAGAAGUACCGCUGUGUUGCCUGUGAUGAGUUGAUUUUCUCAGAGGACUACGUAGAAAGUGAAGGACUGACAUGGCACAAGAAACAUUUCUGCUGCCUGGAAUGUGAGCAGCCACUGUUGGGAAAGUCCUAUGAGCUGGAGCAAUCCAAGCUGUCCUGCGCAUCCUGUUACAAAAGCACCAAGAAAAUAUGAUGGGCUUUCCCUGGAACACUGAUCCAUGUUGUGUUUUCAUAUGCAGUACACAUUAAAGCUAAGAAAGUUUAGUCAGCUAAAAGCAUAGGAAGCAGAUCUAACUAUGAUACCGUAACCAGUUUCUAUGAGUGAAGCAGUUCCACAGAGUGGGCAUUUUUUUGUUUUAUUUAUUGUCACUGUAUUUUGUAAAUGCAUGUUACAAAAUACAAUGAAAAGUGUUGUAUAGUGUCACCACUCUCUGACGCCAUCUUACAACAUAGACACAUAAACCAGCAUAUCGAAUAUAAAGGCAGAAAAAUAAAGGAUCCUUUAAAAUCUCUACAAGAUUCAUUUUAAGACCAUGGUGAGGUUUGUGUUAUUAAUUGAUUAUUUUGCAAUGCCCCUCUGAGCGAAACAGUUUACCACCCAUAGAAAUGACCCUUUUUUAAUAUAAAAUGCUCAAUGGAUGUAGGUUUGCUCACUGAGCUGGAAGUUUCAUUUGGAGGCUCACUGAUGAUGUUACCUUGUAUGGUGACGAAACAUCUGAAACUGAACCUUCCAGCUCAGCGAGCAAAUCUACAGCCAGAGCCUCAACCUGAGCUACAAAUCUUCUCAAAACUCGAUAAAAUGCUCAAUCUCAGCUACAUACCACCCUGACUGCUUGAAAAGAAAUACUUUGAUAUAAAUAGUUGUUAGAUGUAGGUUUACAUUUGUAAAAGUGACGAUAUUCAGCUGUAGAUCACUGCUGGAUAGAUGACAGAAAAUAUUGAAAGAAAUUGUUUGGAUUAAGCAUGCAAUGGGUGUUGAUAUACUGAACUCCUCUCCCACUUGUAAGUCUCUGGGAAACCAAUGGUAUCUCUUCUCUCCCAAUUAGAUUGGAAAAGAAGGAUAUGGAUGUGAAGUGUUUAGUACCACUAUAUGGCUAUCUUUUAUCAUUCAAAUUUCAAGACCUUCACUCUUCAGAACCUGUCAAUCUAAGGCUGCAAGAUUUUAUACUGGUUGAGGAUAAAAACAUUGCAAUCUCAUUUGUACAGCCCCUUUAUCCAAUAUUGUGGAGGGAUUCUGCUAGAUUCCUUUCAAUGUUUAUAUAUUUAGAAUUAAAAAAAACAACCUGAGGGCAUGGCAUGAAAUGGCUCAUGGAAAAUUUAGUCUGGAAUCUACUGAACGGACAUUCCUGUGGGGGGAGUUUGAGCUAAAAUUAAACUGCUGUUGGCAUUCAAUGUA